AUGGGUUUGAUGCAAAUUCUCACUCUUCUUUGUGCGCUGAGUUUUCACUCAUUGGCGAUCUCUGCACUUGAUUUUCAAGAGCAGAGCAACUUAGAGACCUAUAUUGUUCAUGUUGAGUUGCCCGAGUCUGAUACUCAACUUUCCACGGCAAGUUCUUCAAUCCCGAAUGAAGAUCUAGAUGGUUGGUACAAUUCAUUUCUGCCAACAGUCACUGCAAGCUCCAACGAUGCACCAAGAAUGAUUUAUCCGUAUCACAAUGUUUUCAAGGGAUUUGCUGCCAAAUUAUCAGCCGAGGAUAUCAAAGCAAUGGAAAAGAAACCUGGUUUUCUUUCAGCUCGACCACAAAAGGUGUUAUCGCUGCAUACAACGCAUACUCCAAAUUUUUUGGGGUUGCAUCAGAACAUGGGGUUUUGGAAUGAAUCGAACUAUGGUAAGGGCGUAAUUAUUGGUGUAUUGGACACCGGAAUCACACCCGACCACCCUUCAUUUGGUGAUGAAGGAAUGCCUCCACCACCAGCAAAAUGGAAGGGAAAGUGUGAAUUCAAUACCUCUGUAUGCAACAACAAACUGAUCGGAGCAAGAUUUUUCCGCAGUGGAGAUGGCACUCCAAUUGAUCGGAAUGGCCAUGGCACUCACACUGCAAGCACAGCUGCUGGAAACUAUGUCAAGGGUGCCAAUGUGUUUGGAAAUGCCAACGGCACAGCAGUUGGUAUUGCUCCUCUUGCUCACCUGGCAGUAUACAAAGUAUGCGCCACUAGUGGUUGCUCCGAGAGUGACAUAUUGGCUGCUAUGGAUGCUGCGAUUGAUGAUGGAGUUGAUAUACUCUCCUUAUCUCUUGGUGGAAGUUCAGAACCAUUUUAUGCUGACAAUAUUGCACUUGGUGCCUACAGUGCAAUGGAGAAGGGAAUUUUCGUCAGCUGCUCAGCCGGGAACGACGGUCCUACCAGUAGCACUUUAUCAAAUGAGGCGCCUUGGAUUCUCACUGUUGGUGCAAGCACCAUCGACAGAAAAAUCAGGGCAACAGCUGUGCUCGGAAACAAGGAAGAACUUGAGGGCGAGACCCUUUAUCAGCCGAAGGACUUUCCCUCAACACUAUUUCCUAUAUACUACCCGGGAGCUAACCAGAGUGAUUUUAAUGCAGAUAGAUUCUGCACCCCAGCAUUAUUAAACAAAACAGGCAUCAAAGGAAAGAUAGCAGUAUGUGAAGUUGGAGCAAAUGCAAUGCUCGACAAAGGAAAAAAUGUCAAGGCUGCUGGUGGUGUUGGAAUGAUCAUAGUUAACCCGGAGCAAUACGGAUAUACCCCCCGAGCUGAUGCUCAUGUCCUCCCGGCUACACACUUGAACUAUGCUGAUCGACUUAAAUUGAUUGAGUACAUAAACACAACAAGUUCACCCAUGGCUGCCAUCUCAUUCAAAGGAACUAUAAUUGGAGACGGUCAUGCUCCUGCUGUUGCAUAUUUUUCCUCUAGAGGUCCGAGCCAAGCAAGUAUCGGAAUUUUGAAACCAGACAUUAUUGGCCCUGGUGUAAACAUCCUGGCUGCAUGGUAUCGUUCUAUCGAAAACAACACCAACACUAAAUCGAAUUUCAAUGUAAUCUCUGGCACUUCAAUGUCUUGCCCUCACCUCAGUGGUGUUGCUGCUCUGCUGAAAAGUGCUCAUCCUGAUUGGUCUCCCGCUGCAAUUAAGUCUGCGAUGAUGACCACCACCGAUCUUGUGAACCUUGCCAAGAAUCCAAUUGAAGAUCAAAGGCAACUUCCAGCUAACAUUUUUGACAGUGGUGCAGGGCAUGUCAAUCCAGCAAGAGCAAGCAAUCCGGGGCUUAUUUAUGACAUUGAGCCUAAAGAUUACAUUCCUUACUUGUGCGGGUUGAAUUACACGAACCGGGAGGUUGCUUUGGUAUUACAACGCAAGGUAAAUUGCUCAGAAAUACCGAGUAUACCUGAAGCACAGUUGAACUAUCCUUCAUUCGCAAUCGUUGUUCGAUCAGCUGUUCAGAAGUAUACAAGGACAGUGACUAAUGUGGGUGAGGCUAAUUCAGUUUACAGUGUUCAGAUUGUUGCACCAGCAGGUGUUAAUGUGACAGUCAACCCGACAACGCUCAGUUUCACAAAGGUGAACCAGAAAUUGACGUAUGAGGUUACGUUUAGCCCAUCAAGAUUGGCUUCUAACAUUACCGUGUCUCAAGGAUCUCUUACCUGGAUUUCAUCCAAGAACUCGGUCAGAAGCCCAAUUGCUGCAAUUUUCCGAGCUGUGGGAUUGUAG